AUCCAGAGAGUCCAGCCUGAAAAGCUUCAGAGCUCACAAGUUCUCUCUCUCUCUCUCUCUCUCUAAGCGAAGUGAAUCUGACACAUUUUCCGAUAAAACCUCAUCGCCGGAGAUUACCGAGUUUCGAUGAGUUGCCGGCGAGCUUUUCCAGCAAUGUGUAACUCACGCGGUGGGGCGCUCUUUCUUCUUCUGCUACACUCAGUAGUAGUAGCUCUGGUCUCGGCUCAGGGAUCUAACAAGACCAGUCUCUGGCCUACACUUAGUGGUAAGCCGCCUUUGGUCAUUGCACGUGGUGGGUUUUCGGGGCUAUUUCCUGAUUCCAGUUCAGUUGCCUAUGCUUUUGCACAGCAGGUUAGUUUGCCCAAUGUGAUCUUAUGGUGUGAUGUGCAAUUGACGAAGGAUGGUACCGGGAUUUGUGUGCCAGAUGUCAAGCUCGAAAACUCUACAGACAUUUCAGUUGUUUUCAAAAACAGGAAUAAGGUUUACGAUGUUAAUGGAACCCCUACCUCAGGCUAUUUUUCUUUGGAUUUCACCCUCAAGGAGCUAUCAAAUGUCGUUCGUAAGUCUGAGUUUUCUUAA